GUUCUCAUUAUCGAAGUGUCGCGAUUUGUGGAAGGUUGUGUGUAAAAAAAAAAGGCAAAUGGCCGCCGUGGCGCGACAGUGUAUUCGUGUUUGCUCUUUCUUAAUCAGCAAUACGCGGCAUGUAAAAGCUUUGUGAAAUUUAUAUUAGCAAUGUGUUUAGAAAUGUGAGAUUUAAUGAAAAUAUAAUUUUCUUUUUUUUGUUGAUCGACGAUUAAUAUCGUCGUGAAUAACGGUACGGUGAUGAAAUCAGUGUCCGAAGGCAAGCUGGGCGUGGAAGAGGUUAAAUUUGGUUCUGAUUUAAAAACACGGGAUGUAACAUCACGAUUUAAACGAACAUUUACCCUACCAGGUAAUAUUAUCCAAAGAAUGUCAAAAAGACGUGCAAAACCAGUUCGUGAUUUAAAAGAGAACAGUUUUAAUUUCAAGGAAAACGUUAGGAACAAUAUGCAAGAGGAACAGCGAACACAAAAUUUACAGCAGGUUCAUGGUGUUACAAGGUCACAUACAAAUUACAAUAAUCCAGAGAGAAAUGGUCCAAAGAAACCCUUUCGUAGGCGUUCGGUGAAAAAAUUAUUUCAAAAAUUUAUUGACAAUUUGGUCAGUAAGCAAAAUAAAUCUUUAUAUAGAAAUGAACUUAGUUCAAGUGCAAGUGAAUUGAGGGUACCUCCACCAAGGCUUCCUCAAAUACCAUCAGAUCGUGUUCCUGGUGUAACAGGACUUAGAAAUCAUGGUAACACGUGUUUUAUGAAUGCCGUAUUACAAUGUCUUUCGCAUACUGAUAUUCUUGCGGAAUAUUUUGUAUUUGAUCGUUAUAAAGAUGAUCUUUCAAAAAAGACUAAGAAUUCAAAAAAAUAUGGUACCAAGGGUGAAAUAACAGAACAAUUAGCAUUGUUAUUGAAGGCAAUAUGGACAUGUCAAUAUGAUCCAGAAAUGAGUACUGCAUUCAAAAGUGUCGUUGAUAAAUACGGAAGUCAAUAUAGAGGAAAUUUACAACACGAUGCACAGGAAUUUCUUCUUUGGUUACUUGAUAAAGUUCACGAGGAUCUUAAUACUGGUAGCACGAACAAGUACAAAAUUAUGAAGAGUUCGUAUGGAAAACCUGAUAAUGUUGUAGCUCAGGAGACAUUGAACAAUCAUGUGCGAUGCAACAGUUCUUUUGUUCAUAAACUUUUUCAAGCACAAUUUUGCUCGAGUUUAACAUGUCCAAAAUGUAAAAAACAAUCAAAUACAUUUGAUCCAUUUCUUUGUGUAUCGGUACCAGUGCCGCAAAAUCAUCGGCAAAUUAAUCUCUUCGUUAAUGUUUUGUAUACUUCACAACAACCACGACAAGUCAGAAUUGGAGUUAGCGUCAAUCAAGCAGCAAAUGUCAAGGAACUGAGAGAAAUGCUCGCAAGCGACACUGGAAUCGAUGAGAAUCACAUGCUUCUCACUGAAGUCUACGACGAAGGUUUUCACAGGACCUUCUCGGAUUGUCAACCAUUGUCAGUGAUCACAGAGAACGAUCCUCUUUAUUGUGUGGAAUUGCCCCAAUUAAAGGAACCAACAGAACAGGCCUAUAUUCUACUUGUUUGGAUAAAUGUCCUUGUAAAGGGAAAUUUACGUGAACGUUUUGGAAGUCCAUAUACAAUGCAAAUAUCCCGUGAAACAUCGUAUGAAGAUUUACAAAAACUUUUACUUAAAGAAAUGCAUGCAACAUUAGCUGAUGAUGUUCUUACAUCAAGUCAAAGUCCAGGAUUAUUUAAUAUUCGUGUUGCCGAUCCAGUUGCAACACCAGCGCAAGAUGAACAUCCUUGCAUUGAUCCUUGCGUUGAACAUCCAUUAUAUACAGAACAAAUUGAACAAGCAUUGGCUCUUUGUGCCGAUGAUUCUGGUCCACAGCAUGUAAAAUUAAUUCUCGAAUGGGAUGAAUCAACAAAAUCAAAUAUAAUACAAGAUGACACUGAUCAAAUUGAAGAGCAUGCGAGUGUUAAACAAUUGAAAACAAAUUCUGAAUUUGGUGAAAAUUCAGUGACACUUGAAGAAUGUUUUGAUUUUUAUACAAGAGAAGAGACACUUGGCGCUGAAGAUGCAUGGUAUUGUCCAUCGUGUAAUCGAAAGCAGGAAGUUGUUAAAAAACUUGGUUUAUGGACAUUGCCACAUAUUCUUGUGAUACAUUUAAAAAGAUUUCGUCAACAAUCAAAGCAACGUUCAACAGCAAAAUUAACAAUGUUAGUUGAUUUUCCAUUAUAUGGUUGCGAUAUGACACCGCAUUUAGCAAACAGUGAUAAUUCAUCGAAUAAUUUUGGUAAUUUAGAAACAACUGGUUGGACAUCGUGGAAAAAAUCACGAUCAAGACAGAGGCAAAAUUUUUCCAAAUAUAUUGAUGACAAUGUUUAUGAUUUAUAUGCAAUAUGCAAUCAUCAUGGACAGGAUCUUCAAGGUGGACAUUAUACUGCAUUUUGUAGAAAUCCAUAUGAUACACAAUGGUAUUGUUUUGAUGAUACAAGAGUUGAACCAUUAACUGAAUCGGAAUUAGUUACAAAUUCAGCGUAUAUGCUUUUUUAUCAAAAACGAGGACCGAAUAAUAAUUCAACGGGAAAUUCAUCAGCUGCAUCGACAAGUUCAGCUGGCUCAGGACUUGAUCAUUGGGUAUCAAGAAUGCCACCAUUCUAUUAUAAUAAUAGAAAUAGUUGUAAUGCACCAAGUAAUAAACAAAGUAAAUCACAAGAGAUAUUGUGCCAAGAGAAAAUCGUUAAGGAAAAAAAUUUAAAUAAUUUCAAUAGGGGCUGUAGAAAUUAUGCAACGUUGCAACCGCAAAAGAAAAAUGUUGGAACGGAAACCGAUUGUGGUGAGGUUGAUCGUUAUUCAGAUGUUGAAGUACCAACGAAUUAUCCAUCGAGAAGAGAUUGGGCAUCACCGAAACCUGUGAGAAGAACGUCAUCAAUCACAUUAAUUCCCCAUAUACCGCAAGCAAUAAUUCAAAAUGCCAACAAUGAUCAGGACACAACAGUGAUACAUGAAUCAACAUUGUAACACACAAUUUAAGCCAGACUUGAUUGUCUGGCCUAUUAUUGAGCUUGGCUCAACGAGUGCCUAGAACCUGGCGUUUCCGUUAAGUCUGAACUCAACGUAACAGUAGAGAAGAAAAAGACAAUUCAAUAUCCCCUAAAGCCACAUAUUUUUUUUUUCUUUUUUUUUAUUUAUUUUAUGUCAACAGAGAGCAUCGAUAUUUUGACUAGAAUCCCCUCCGAAAAAACCUUUUCACUUAAAACUUUGUACAAUUCCUCUAUUAUAUAACUAAUGCAUCUAUCUACAACGAGAGAUCUCAAAAAAAAAUUGUUAACUUUUCUCUUUUUCGAAUUCUAUUUCUAUACGCGCCAAAAUAGAAAUAAUUUUUUGUGUAAAAAAAAUGAAACAAGUUCGAGGCAUUAGUGAAUUUCAUAUUUAUAUAGAACAUUUGUACGGAUUGCGUGAAUUGCUUAAAGAAAAGGUAGUUAAGAGAGAAAGAAUGUGUGUGAAAUCUUUAUAUCUGAUAUAGAAACACUAAAAAAAAAAAAAUUGGCCCCAAACUAACUUGUCAAUGUAAUUGUCGGUUUGCAGAAAGUCCAAAGAAAUUCUAACGAGUAAUUUUGACUUGUUUUUAAUUUUAUUUUUUAUUAUUAAUUAUUAAUAAUUAGAAUUCUUGUAAUUAUUAAUUAUUAUUAUUAUAUGUAUUAUUAAUUAUAUAAUUAAUUAAUAGCAUUUUUUUUUUUAAUGACUUUUUUUUUAUUUUUAUGAUAACAAUGAAACAGUUGACAAUAAGAAAUGCAUUAUAGAGAAUUUUUUAAUUUUUAAUAUAUUGAAAAUGAAAAGAAAUUUCUUUUUCUGUGACAAUUUUUUAAAUGCUCAAAUCAAGGACACUGUAAUCUGACAUUUACUUUACUUUUGAAUAUAAUUCGCUUAGAUUGUAAUAUUUAUAUUGUAUUUGUAUUACCCACUAGUGGCCUUACAAUAAUCAAUAUCGAUACAUCAAUAAUAUUCACAAUUUAUAAAAACUAACUAUUUUACUUUGAGCAUUUUUUUUUUUUUUUGUUUUUUUUUUUAAAUAUAUUAGAUAAAUAAAUGUCACGCCAAGAGUCACUGAAUCUAGAAAUUGGGAAUUAAUUUUUGUAAAAAAUUAACAUUUCUUCCACUUUUUCACCGUUCUUCCAAAUAUUAAAAGACUAACUCUGAUUUUUUCUUUUAUAUAUAAUAUCAAGAGAUUAAAAGACUUUCUUGGUGCAGUGACUUUUUUCCGUGUGAUUUUAAAAAGGGUACCAAUAUUUUCAAUUGUUUUUUUUUCUUUUUGUAUUAAAUACUCAAAUCUCCCAAUUUUAAUCAUCAUUCCAAAUAAGAGUUUUCAAAUGAAGUUAAAGAGAGAAAAAAAAAGAAAAGGGGAGAAAGUGAGCAAGUGAGCAAGAGUAUUAAAUUUAUAAAUGAAAAAGUGAGAAGAUUUAUAUAGAAAAAAAAUAUAUAUAUAUAUAUUAAAAAAAAAAAAUGUAUGAAACACAAUGAGUGUCGAGAUGUUUAAGUUAUUUUAAAAAUAAUGUUUACAACUAGUCACACAAUUCGUGGACAGGGGUAGAAAUUACAAGUGAUUUAUAAAAUAAUAAAUUCAAGUUGUAAAAGAAAGAUUAUUAUA